GAGAGUGAGCAAGCGAGUGUGUGUGUGGGGUCGAGGAUGCAUGCGGGCAUCUGUGGAUGAGUGUGGGGACACGCGUGGGGAUGUCUGUCUCGCCGGAAAGGUUGGGUAUGUGCGUACGUCUGGGUGUCACCACGGUCACCAAGGAGCUGCAGCGGGUGGGCAGAAUGGCUGUGGCGGGGGGCGGGGCGGGCGGCUGCUCCUGGAGGCGGGGCGCUGCGUGCGGUCGACGUUUUGGCCCCUUGUGGCGGGCGCAGAGCACUCUGGGUAUCGCAAGAACCAGAGUGGCCAUUUGAGGCGCCGUUUGAGGCGCCAUUUGAAGCGCCAGUUGGGUCUUCCUGCUCUGGGCCUACAGACGCCGGGAACCUCCAGUCAGCCUGCCUCCCUAUCUGCCCGCCGACUCGCCGGUCAGCUCUGGGGGCCUGUACUCUGAAAGGUGCUAGACACAGAACCUGUGAGUGUGAUGGGGGACUCCAGAGCCCCUAACCCACCACCACCACGGUAGAAAAGGGUGCCAAAGGCAUGCUGAUGUCGUGGAGGAUGAUCAGCCAGCCCACCCACACAGCUGUGGAAGGCACGUCCCGUAGCCUGCAUCCUGCUGGGCCUGGGGAAGCGUGGGCACAGGGCGAGGCAAUCUCCACCCUGGAGGUCACCCAUGAGGCCCAUGACAACGAGUCAGAGAAUGGUGCCGUGCCCAGCGAGGCCACCGAGAAGGACCACAGUCGCCAACAGGGCAACUGGGGCAACCGGAUCAAGUUUAUACUGACAAGUGUGGGCUAUGCCGUGGGCCUGGGCAAUGUCUGGCGCUUCCCAUACAUCUGCUAUUGCAACGGGGGAGGAGCCUUCCUGAUCCCCUGCCUCAUCAUUCUCAUCUUCUACGGGAUGCCCCUCUUCUUCAUGGAACUCUCCUUAGGCCAGUUUUCAAGUCAGGGCUGCCUGGGGGUCUGGAGGAUCAGCCCCAUGUUCAAAGGUGAGGCCCGGAUGGGGUACACACACACACGGGCCUCUGGGGGCCGUGCUGACUCCCCCCAUCUGUAUAAAGACUGCCAACCCCUGUGGAACCCAGGUGUUGACCCCAGGUCCACAUCAAUGGCCAAGGCCAGGGACACAUGCUGGGAUCCAUUGUUUACUUGGCCUCCACCCUCUCCUCCUAACACAUGCACACACAAAAGCCCUUUGCCCGCUCCCCCACUUAGCCCCCAGCUCACUUCUGCCAAGGCCUGUGAGUGUGAUCUGGGACUCCAGAGCCCCUAACCCACCACCACCAUGGUAGAAAAAGGUGCCAAAGGCAUGCUGGUGAGUACAGGGACCAGACUGCAGAGAGGGGUUGGGGGGCAUGAGCACCGUCCAUCCCUUCUGGGGCCUGCUGUCAGCUGCUGGCCCCAACAGGAGGCCCUAGGAGGCUCCAUGGGGCCCCGAUUCUGGCACUGCCAGGACUCCUGAGUGCUAGGGCUAUCGCAGGCCCAGGCAGGCCGCCUCUCACCCAGUAGGUUAGAUGCUGCCGUGGUUCGGAGCCCACAGCAGGCAGAUUCUGCUACAGAGCCCGAAAGUCAUGCUGGGAGACAGGAGGCACACUCCCCACCCUCAUCACAAGAUACCCUGGAGAGCAGGCGGCAGUGGAUCCUGCCGGGAGGGCUGUCCUGUGGCUGACACCUCGGCACCCUCAUCCUGUGCUCUGCCUGUUGUGGGGAGCAUUCCGUAGGGGCUGAUCAAGGAGUCCUCAGAGCCUGAUCUUUCUCUUCUUCCACUCGAAAAACAGCAUAGAACAUUUCAUGUUGAAUCCUCUUGUGAGGUCUUUCAGGACACAUCCCUCUCCCCUUUCCCCAAGUCAUGGCUCUUCACUGCCCACUGCCUCAGAGCACAGGAGAGGUGGUACGAAGCAGAGGGCAAGAGCAGGGCCAGCUCCUGGACGGAUGGCUCAUGGAUGGACGGAGCAGGCCCGCUCUGGAAUCCGAAGGCAGGAAGAUACCCCAAGGGCGGUCGUUGUAUUCCUUCUCUGGGAAUAUUGGCUCAAGAACCAGUGAGACUGGGCAGCUGCCCCGGAGGAAGCCAGUGGCUGAGCAUGGCCCUACCCUUGGCUCCUCCCUUCCCCACAUGGAUUCCCCUGUUGCUGUUCUCAUUGGGUGAAAGACUGACUGACCUCGGGUCUCUUGCUGAGCCCUCCCCAAACAAGCCCUGUCUCUCACCAGGGAUUUCUGGGACUCUUAAGUCCUCGGUCCAGAGAAAUGCUGUUGGGGAGGGAGCCAAACAGUUGUGCUCCAGGCUCCCUGCUGUCUGGGACACCUGACCUCAGUGAAACA